AUGUUGGAGACCCCAUCCGCGACACUCGACUACGCCCUCCUACACACCAGCAAGGUCUCGCCGCGCGACCGCGCCGUUGGUACUCGUGCUACUCAACAUAAGGCCAACCACCUACAUCACGCAAGACUCUCAUCCUCGUCGCAGCGAUUUCUUACGCCACUCUCUUGCGUGCAUGUGGGUUCUGCUUGCCUGUCGUGUCGGCUGGCAGCUCGCCACGUAUGCCAACUGCUGCUACCUCUCUAG